AUGGUCUCAGAUUUGGAGGUGCAGAGUGUCAUUCCAGAAGCUUCCCACCCAGCUGCAGACGUCCCCAUUAAACGCCGAAGCUUGCAGCCUGAUGAGGAAUUCACCAGAACUGCACAGAGGUCAAUGUUGAUAUUUGGACUCCUGUUCCUCAGCCUCAUUAGAGCAAAUGAACUAAAGUACUUCCCUAAAAGCUACGUCAUGGCCAAAGGGAGUGAUUCUGUCAUGCUGCCCUGCGGCACAAAAUCCCAAACGAACGUCAUGUGGAAGUUUGAAAAUGGCGUUGUGGACUCGAUGGAUGGUCCAAAUCUGCUGGUGAAACAUGUAGAUGAGCUCACACUGGGGGAGUACACUUGCUUGAGUGAGAAUGAGAAGGCAUCUACUUUUCUCCUGAUGGAGGAUGAGAAUGAGGAGGAGCUUGAUUCUCUUCUCAGCUGUCGUGCCAGGUCUUAUGACUGCGCUUUUAACUGCAGAUGGAACGACAAUAAAUAUGAAGCCGUGCGCCUUGGACUGGGCCCACACUGUCGUGAUGGAGGUGACCCGUGUCAGUGGGUCUACAGCACCCAUCAGAGCCAGGAUGGAAGCUUCCACUUUAGGCUGACCCACUCCCUCACACCCUAUGCUGAGGAGAGCUCCAUGCUUGAGCUCACAGCCGAGGCCAUCAGGGGAAACUACAUCCUCAGGAGGACCAAGAGAUUUUAUCUUCGAAAUAUCAUUCAACCGGAUAGUCCUAUAGUCAGCUGGCAAGAGGUGGGUCGAAACAUUAACGUGACCAUCCAUCCUCCAUCCAGCUGGUCCACCCCUCACAGCUUCUUCAGCCUGGAACACCAGAUUCAGUAUGAGCACAAGGAUGACGGCAAGUGGCACCUCUCCUCAAUUCCCAUGAUACCGAAACAGAUCACCAAGCUGAGAGCCCAAUCCAGGGACUUGCUGGUGCAGUCAGCCUGGAGCGAGUGGACCAGCUGGGCUUAUACUACAAUGUAAUCGCUUGACAUUGUCUUGUCCCUUUAAAUUGUCAGAAACUCAGUGAAUUGUUUACUUGAUACAUGUGAUGGAAUGUCAUGAUGGAACGCUGCCAUUCUGACACUAAAGCUAUGUAUUUAUUUAUAUAUUAUUUAUUUGAAACUAACCAUCAGAAACGUAAACUUGUCAUGUUUAUACUGUAUCUACUCCAUCGGCUCAUGAAAUGAACAUUUCCUCUCUUGCUCAG